AUGCCGCAGUGGUUUGACAAACUCAAGACCAACCUGGGUCUGAACGAGGAUGGGGAGGCGCAGCAGGAGCAGACGCUGCUGCAGCAGAUGAAUGAGGCUACCACGCUAGACCGUACGCAGCGCGCCAUCGGCUUCCUUACCUGCGUUGGCAUCGGGCUGCUGCUGAGCUUCAUGGCUCCCAUGUUCAUCUUCCGCCCCACCAAGUUUGCCAUGAUCUACAGCCUGGGCAACGUACUCAGCAUCACCAUGUUCCUGAUGGGCCCCGCCACCCAGAUGGCCCGCAUGUUUGACUCCCGCCGCUGGAUCUCCACAGCCGUCUACCUCACCUCCCUGGUCCUCACCAUGGUCUCGGCCCUGGUCUUCCACUCGGUCCUGCUGUGCAUCGUGUUCAUCGUCAUCCAGUUCUGUGCCCUGGUGUGGUACGCCCUGAGCUACAUCCCCUACGGCCAGGCCACACUGAUGCGCCUGCUGGGCAGGGAGACGGCGGAAACGGGAUGA